AUGUCAGGGGUUCAGGAAGAGGCUCCAGCAGCGCAUGCAGCAGACCUUUUUUAUCAAAGAUGCCCCACCACUUGGAACCCUGAAUUCUCGACUCGCCGUUCAGUUGAGGCAAUCUGCGACAGCGAAAAUAUCUCGUGGCUCGAGCUACGCGAACGAGUGUUGGUGGCAGCGGCCGAGGGGGCCCAGGAGAACAAUGCGAACUGUGAGGAUGAGGCUGACGAGGACGAGGAAGAGGAAGAGAGUGUCAUCCGGGUGUUUAUGAAGGACUACUAUGCGCCGGAUUUCUUGCUGCCUCAGGCGGAUAUGGUGGAGGACUACACCUUCGGCGCCGAUCUUGAUCGUCUAAAAAAGCCGACAUGGGAAGGGCACCCUUUGCAGUGUAAAGCGUGGGUUGGGGAAGGCGGAGUUGGCUGGUUUGAAGCUAGCACCGAAUGGCUCACGGCGCACGAUCUGUACCGAGCAUUGAGGACUCCCAGAUAUCGCAGCGGCAUGGCAUGUGAGAUUCAAGAGAAUCAACCUCCAGCGGAUCCAGCUAAAGCGGCAUGCGAGCCCAAGCCGAAAGGACUCGACUGCGCCACCACCAAAGGAAGCGUAGCCACAGGCCGACAUGAGGAUUCAGACAUAGAACGGCGUUUAGUGUUCAUCAGUGACCUCGACUGCUGGAACAUCUACGCUCUCGCAGGCACGGCUACCUUCAGGCAAGCCCCAAUCCUGCGAGAUGCACUCUCCAAGUAUCUCGGCUUCGAAAGUGCGAUGGAGGUGACGAUACCUUUAAUUGGUUGGCCAGAAUUUCAUCUCUCACUCCACUUGCCUUACUAUGCGUGGCGCUCUACCCCGAGCCCCAACGAAGAUACUCGAUGUGACAACACUGGCCAUGCCCUCAGGAAAUGCAUAGACGUCUCAUUCCUAAAUGGCAAUGGUGAGAAGUCGUAUCUCUACCAAGCUCAGAUUUCAUGUGUGCUUACUGGUGUCGACGAAUGGAGAUGGGUUGCCUAUUGCUUUGUUGAUAGUUACUUUGACGGCGAUUGUGGAGAGGUAGCGUCUCAGUAUAAGAAAGACCAAACAGAUGGUUUCGAUACACAUCCGUUCGAGUAUGGCCAAACUGCAAAGCACACUGAGGAGGCGAGGGACUUCUUCCUGAACGUGGCCAAUAUCCGCGUACAUCAAGUUUUCCAAGAGUGGACGAAUGUGGUCAAAAGCCUAGAGAAAAGUAUCAGGCAUGCCGAGGUGAGCAAUUCUUGUUUUCCGCCUCCCUCAUAG